AAGGGCUUGCAGAUUAAUUAUUGAAAGAGCAGAGUGACCAUGAACAUGGGCAAGAUGAGUGGUGAUGGGCUAACUGACGUUCUAGAAGUGCAAAAGUGACUUUGAACUCCUUCCUAAGAAGGAGGAGAAAGAAACAAGUGUCACAGCCGGCCUUGUCCCGGUUGCCUGUCUGCUUUUGAGUGUGACUUGAACUAAGUUUGCUGCUUUCCUAACCUUGAAGAGGAACGGGCAAAGCGAUCUUCAGACGCCUUGUUAUUAUUCCCCGGGCCCCACCAUUCAAACACUUGUACCAGCUGCGUUGAACUUUUUACAUUAUUAGAGAAGAUGGACACAAAGACUAUGUUCCAGGUCCUGCACGACAUGCUCCAUGAAAACAUUUCAUUUUUCAGGCAGCAGGGCUCAUCUGAGACAGCUAAGCGCUUUGUUGAGGCUUUCUGCUUAAUUCAAGGGCACGCUAACAGCCUGGAGCCAAUGAUGGCAUGUUUCUCCAGCAUCUACCACAUCUUUGACUUCGACUCAACCACUCCAGCCAAUGGCUAUCGUAGCCUAAUGAAGGUUGUGCGUUCCUGUAUUCUCCACAUUAUUCACAAAGGCCGGUAUGUGGCUGCUAACCGGUGCGGUAUUUUUUUCCGGGCAAGUCAUAAUGUGAUGGAGAUCGAAGCAUACUGCUCAGCCCUUUGCCAGCUUCGGGCACUAGUCUACUUUGCCCAAAGGCUCCUAACUGCUAAUCGCCAUGGCAGCCUUUUUUUUGAAGAGGAUCGCGGACUGUCUGAAGAGUUUGUUAAGGAGUAUGCAUCACUGCACAAAGGGUGCUUUUAUGGUCGCUGUCUGGGCUUUCAGUUCACUCCAGCUAUUCGUCCAUUCCUGCAGACUAUCUCAAUCGGUCUUGUGUCAUUUGGAGAAAACUACAAGAGACAUCAGUCUGGCAUUGGGGUGGCAGCAAGUUCAUUCUUUACAAGUGGCAAAUAUGCUAUUGACCCAGAACUACGUGGAGCAGAGUUUGAGAGGAUCACACAAAACCUUGAUGUUAACUUUUGGAAGAGAUUCUGGAAUAUAACUGAGACAGAAGUGUUGGCAUCACUAGCCAACCUUGCAUCCACGACUGUACGUGUGAACAAAGCCUUAUUGGUGCCUCCAGAACCCUUUGAGUUACCACUUGUUGCAGAUCCCAAAUUGAAAGUCACUGUAGCACCACCUGUAGCACACACUGGACCUGCACAUAUCCAAAUGAGGCUCCUGUCAUAUGAGCUACGGGAAGGCCAGGACAGUGUGGAACUUACCAACCUAGUAAAACCCGAAGUAGUACCAUUAAUUGACCUGUUAAUGAAAAGCAAGAAAGCUCCCAGGUCUAAAAACCUUAUUGUGCAUUUCCAUGGUGGUGGAUUUGUGGCACAAACAUCCAAAUCACAUGAGCCCUAUUUGAAGAGCUGGGCCUGUGAAUUGGGAAUCCCAAUUCUUUCAGUGGACUACUCUCUUGCUCCUGAGGCACCUUUUCCAAGAGCACUUGAAGAAUGUUUUUAUGCAUACUGCUGGGCAGUUAAGAACUGCCACUUGCUGGGAUCUACAGGAGAGCGUAUUUGCUUGGCUGGUGACAGUGCAGGAGGAAAUUUGUGUCUCACUGUGUCCAUGCGAGCUGCUUCCUAUGGAAUAAGAAUGCCUAGUGGAAUCAUGGCUGCCUACCCAGCAACACUGUUGACUGCUACUGCUUCACCAUCCCGCCUUCUCACACUAAUGGAUCCGCUUCUGCCUCUGAGUGUGCUGUCCAAAUGUCUCAAUGCAUAUGCUGGUAUGGAGCCUCUUGAACGGAAAGAGGAAGAGAAACUAAAUACUAUUAGUAUGGUCCGUAGAGACACUGCCAACCUUUUGAGAGACCUUAGAAUGGGUGCAUCUGCCUGGAUUAAUGCUUUUCUGGACAGUGGCCGCAGUCAGUCUAGCACAGAUUCUGUUCGGAAGAGUGUUUCAGAAGCAGCUAUAAGCCUUCCAAAGUACGAUUGCAAGGCAAAAACAGACCCUUACACGUUUCCUCUGAAGCACAAUUCCAUUAAAAGUCAAACCAGUCAAGAUCUGGAAGUGAAGUGGGACCCAAGUUCCUCUAUACCCGGCCGCUGGGGAUCACCUGUGAAGCCAGACAGGGAUUUCAAGAGUGAUGAUGUUAGCUUUUUUCUAAAUGAAAGUCCGGACGAGGAGUCAGAAGCCGAGAAGGAAACUGAUGAGAAUUCUUCUCCGAUUCCUUCUGAGAUAGAACAACAAACUGACAACAGUCACUGUGUCAUUCCUACUACUUGCAGUGAGCAAAUAAUCUCAAAUGAAAAAGAUUCAGUAUUGGACUUUCCAGAAGGAUUUAAGCCACUAAGAUCAGAGCAACUGGCUGACAUGAAGUUGCAGACAUCUCCAAUUGUGAAAAACCCUUUCAUGUCCCCACUGCUUGCACCUGAUGACAUGCUGCGAGGUUUGCCUCCUCUACAUAUUGUGGCUUGCGCCCUUGAUCCUAUGCUGGAUGACUCUGUGAUGUUUGCUAAACGUCUUCGAGCCAUAGGCCAGCCAGUGAGUUUAUGUGUAGUUGAGGACCUUCCCCAUGGAUUUCUUAGCCUGUCACAGCUGUCUAGGGAGACCAAAGAGGCUGCCAACAUCUGUGUGAACCGGAUACGAGAAAUCUUCUCAGAAGAGACGCCACCUCCCAGCUACCGUAAGCACAGACGCCUUGAGAGGACAGAUGGUUUUAUGAGGCUGACACCUGGUGGUGUAUUGGAGCACAGACGAGAAGAGCCCAUAAUUGCUACAUCACAGUCAACGCCUGACCUCUCCAGUAGAGAAGUUGGUGCAUAGUGGCAGUGGCUACAAAAUGGGAAGUUAAAAAAGCAUAACUCGCUUUGCCUUUCAAAGAUCUGCCCAUUAUGGCGGCAUAACAUGUGCACUGGGCUAAGGAGUUCAUUGGCUUUCCAGUGGUCUGAAUUUGUCUGGCUUUUGUGUCCAAAGAAUUGGCCCUUGCACUGUGCAAAAUUUGUUACACUGAUGGACAGUGGUGUUUUAAUUAAGGCAUCUCACUUUCUUCUGGGCACAAGAAAAAGCAACGACAACAAAUUUAGAAACUGGAGCGUGAUAUCUGAAAAAGCACAACACAAGAAGUCCAGCAGGAAGCUAAACUGACUUCCUAAAGAAAUGAAAACAGUCUGUCAAGAGAUGAUGACAAAAUGACCAAGAGGCCUUUCUCAUUCUAGCUUUGGUGUUCAUCAGCUGUGUUUUUAAUAUGGUAAAGUAUUUGUCACACUCCUUGUCUUCUGGCUUGUUUGUAGCAAUGUCCGUCUAGUGUCAGGAUGAAGAGUGUUAUUCACUUAAAUUCCACUGUGAAAAGUAGCAUGAUUGCACAAUUCCAGCUGAGUUUUAGUGCACUGAUCCCAUUCCUGUUUGGAGUUUAACCACAGGCCACUGUAAUACCACAGCUGGGGAAACCCCACACUGUUAGAAAGUAGUAUAUGGUGCUCAUUUUCUCACCCUACACAUUUUCCAAAAACUAAAAUCCAUAAAUCUAAAGCUUUUCUAAGCAGUCAAAGAAGAAACAAUAUUGGAGAUUUAAAGCUAAUUCAGUUUUGUGUACUGCAGUGCAAAUCUGCAGGUAAGCCUGGUUUUAUUUAAAUAUAAUUUUCUUAAGAGAUUAUUUGCUUUAAAUAGUAGGUAGGCUUCUCUGAUAUAAGACUUGGCUUGUUUCUUUUUUCAGCCACAUGAGACUAUUGAAAACCUUUGUUGUUUUUAUGCCAUGUUUUAUAGCUAUUCCUAAUUUUGCAACUGAUAAUGCAAUAUGUAAUCCAGACUCGAGCAGAAAUUUGCUUUAGGCCUUUUAAUUCAGGUCUGUUUUUGGAGAUGAUGCCUCCUGCUUGCUAGAGAACAAAUGAUAUAACAUUUUUGUGUUUUUAAUUGGAAAGUUUAUAAGAAGUGCAGUGUUAUGUGUUAAAUGUAAACUUCUUGAUGCUGCUAAAACAAUGCAGUUAAUAAGACUGAUUUUUUUUUUU